CAGGAUUUUAAAAAGAUUCCCAAGUGAUUCUAAUGUGCAGCCGAGGCUGAGAACCACUGGUAGGAGAAUUGAAUGACAGUGAACAGGAAACAAAUCAUCAAGGUGAUUUCAGGUGAUGCUAAGUUCUGAGAAGGAGAUAGAAGUUCUAGAGGUAAGGGCGGGUUAGGGAAGUGCUUCAGAAAAAGAGGCCCAGGAAGUGCCCUGGGAAGAAGUAAUUUUUGUGCUGAGACUUGAAAGGAGUAAAAGCAAGCCACUGGAUUAUCUGCCAAGAGCAUUCAGGGCAGAGGGGACAGGCAGUGCAAAGGCCCUGAGGCAGAUGGUGACUGGCUGAUUCUCAGGAACAGCAAAGAGGCUGGUGUGACAAAAAGCAGAGUGAGCAAGAGGGGCUGGUGCGUGAAGGGCCUUUUUGGUCAUCGAGGAGUGUGACUUCUGUCCUAAAUGAACCUGGGAGAAUUUUCAGCAGGGGAGGCAAGAUGAGAGUCUGCUGUUGCCUGGAAGGAGGAAGCCCCAAAGACUGGUAGAGUGGCUCAGGUAACCUGUAUGGUGACCCGGACCAAGUGGUGGCGGUUGUGAUGGAGAAGAGGCGCAAGUCUAGGGGCCAAGAUGCUCUUCUUCAAACAAAGGAGCAGCUGGGGAAACAGGUGUGGCUGUGGCCCAGGACCAUGCUGGCCACCCUUCUCUCUCACUGCAGACCCAGGGAGGGCCAUGAAGGUACUACUCCUCACUGGGCUGGGAGCCCUAUUCUUCACCUAUUAUUGGGCUGACAACUUUGACCCAGCUAGCCUCCAGGGAGCCCGCGUGCUGCUGACAGGGGCCAGUGCUGGCGUUGGGGAGGAACUGGCCUAUCACUAUGCCCGCUUGGGCUCCCACCUGGUGCUCACUGCCCACACUGAGGCUUUCCUGCAGAAGGUGGUAGGGAACUGCCGGAAGCUGGGCGCUCCCAAGGUCUUCUUCAUCGCUGCGGACAUGGCCUCCCGCGAGGUGCCCGAGCUCGUGGUGCAGUUUGCGCUGGACAAGCUGGGUGAGGGGCGGGGCCUUGGCUUAGACCUUCGGGGCAGGACCCGAAUUGGCGUGGGGGGUGUGGCAGUGAACCUCCUGAGUUACGUGCAACUGACCUCCUUGGCGCUGCCCAGCCUGACGGACAGCAAGGGCUCCCUGGUGGUGGUGUCCUCGCUGCUCGGCCGUGUGCCCGCGUCCUUCUCCAGUCCCUAUUCCGCGGCCAAGUUCGCGCUGGACAGUUUCUUUGGCGCCCUGCAGCGGGAGCCAGAGGACCCUUCCCCCAGCCGCUUGAAGGGAGGCACCAUUGCCAUAGGCAUGCCCACCAACUUCGACCCCUCGCUGGGGCCGCCGGCUGGGGUAAUGCGCAUGCUCACGAGACCGCAGGAACUCCUCCAGCCGCCAGGGGGAGCUCGCAGCAUCCCUGCCUCUCUGGCCCGCGCAACCCGUGAGGAAUAG